GUUGGAUCUCACCUUUGCUUUGCCUCUCUCUGUCGAAGUGUAGGACUCCAAGACAAGCAAUCAUGGAGCAAGUUCAGUUCAUCAACCUGCUGAACAGCCUGCAGAACUCGGACAAUGCCAUCCGCUCGAGCGCCGAGGCCACCUACGGCCAGCUGACCGUGGACCAGCCCGACUGGACCCUCCACACCCUGGCGGACCUUUUCUCCAAGCCGGCCAUGCCGACUGGUGAGAACAACAGCAUCCGCACCCUCGCCGUCAUUCUCUUCCGCCGGUCGGCCUUCAACAUCGCCCACGAGACCGACUCCCUGUGGAACCGCGUCACCCCCCAGACCGCGGCCCACUGCAAGACGGUCAUCCUCGGCUGCAUGCAGAACGAGCAGGACAAGUCCCACCGUGUGCGCAUUGCCCAUGUCAUCUCGGAGCUGGUGCGCAGCUCCAGCUCCAACUCCUCCUCCGGCUGGGAGGAGCUCCUGCCCUUCAUGUUCCAGUGCUGCAACUCGCCGAAUGUGGCCCACCGCGAGGCGGCCCUGGAGAUCUUCACCUCCUGUCCGAACAUCUUCGGCGACGACGUGUCCAAGUAUGCCGGGGUCAUUUCGGAGAUUCUGCUGAAGUCCCUGAAGCCGGAGGAGCCGGCCCCCUCGCCCACCCUGCGCGCCGAGGCCAUGUCCGCCACCAUGUCCUUCCUGCGCCAUGUCAACCGGCCGGAGCUGCACCGGGCCUUCGCCGGGCUGACGGUCCCCAUCAUCCAGACGAUCCUGGAUUUCGUUUCUCAGAACCACGACGCCGUGGACGCCUCGCUGGAGCAGCUGGUCGAGCUGGCUCCCGUUUCCCCGGGCUUCUUCAAGUCCCACCUGGCUGACAUCACCCAGGUCAUGAUCAAGAUCGUGUCGUCGGAGACCGUGGCCCAGUCCACCCGCCACCUGGCCCUGGAGCUGAUUGUCUCCCUGACCGAGUGCAUGCCCGGGCGCUUCCGCAAGAUGCCGAACUUCGUCAGCCAGGUGUCGCCCCUGUGCUUCCAGCUGAUGGUCGACAUCGAGGAUGACCCCGAGUGGCACAGCACCACCGAGCUCAACCAGGAGGACUACACCUCCAAUGCCAUGGUCGGCGAGCAGGCCAUCGACCGCAUUGCCUGCGCCGUCCGCGGGAAGACCUUCGCCCCGGUGCUCUUCAGCAUCGUGCCCCCGAUGCUGACCAAUGCCCAGUGGCAGUACCGCUACGCCGGUGUCACCGCCCUGUCGGCCACCGCCGAGGGCUGCGGCCGCUACAUGUUCUCCCAGCUGGAUAACAUCCUGAACGCCAUCAAGCCCCUGGCCGUCGACCCGCACCCCCGCGUCCGCUAUGCCUUCGCCAACACCGUCGGCCAGCUGGCGACCGAUUUCAAGCCCGACUUCCAGACCCAGUACCAUGGCAUCGUCGUGCCGGCCCUGCUGUCGGUCAUGAGCGACCCGUCUAGCACCCGCUCGCGCACCCACGCCGCCGCGGCCUUUGUCAACUUCGCCGACGGCGCCAGCAGCCGUGUCAUCCACGAGUACCUGGACACCAUCCUGGCGCAGCUGAGCGAGCUCCUGAACCCGGCCUUCCCGUACUACGUCCUGGAGCAGGCGGUCGCCACCAUUGCCACCGUUGCCGAGAGCGCGGGCAGCCUCUUUGCCAAGCACUACGCCAACUUCAUGCCCAUCCUCAAGGACAUUCUCAACUCCUCCAAGGGCAACGCCGACACCGAGCUCCUGUUCAUCCACACCUUCGACUGCAUCUCCAUGGUCGGUGACGCUGUCGGCAAGGAGCUCUUCCUGCACGACGCCACCGAGGUGAUGAACAUUUUCGUGCAGCUGAUGGUCAGCCGCCCGCAGGAGACCGAGAUCUCCCAGACCACCUCCUACCUGAUGACCUCGUGCGCGCGCAUCGGCUCGGUCAUGGGCCCGGAGUUCCUGAACUUCCUGCCGUAUGUCAUUCCCCACCUGAAGACCGCGGCCGACAUCACCCCGGAGAUCACCAUCGUCGAUGUCCACCGCGAUACCACCGAGGAGCAGAACCAGGGCUGGAUGUUCUACGAUUAUGAUGGCCGCCGCAUCGGCAUCAAGACCUCCAUGCUGGAGGACAAGGCCGUGGCCCUGGACACCAUCGGUGUCUUCGCCUCCAAGCUGAAGGCCCACUUCCACCAGCACGCGGCCCACCUCUUCGACGUGGUCUUCCGCCAGCUGACCUUCCUGUAUGAUGAGGAUGCCCGUUACUAUGCGGCGUGUGCCCUGCCGCCGAUGCUGAUGUCCGUCAAGCUGGCCAACCAGCAGCAGCAGCUCGGUGCCAUGUGGUCGGCCCUGGUGCCGGAGCUGCUGCGUGCCAUCAAGACCGAGCCGUCCAUCUCCAUUUACGGGCACUUCCUCAAGACCCUGACCGACCUGAUCGACGUCAUGGGGGACAACUGCCUGGGGGAUGCCCACCUGGCCGAGGUGGUCAGCAUCAUUGCCCAGCAUUUCACCGAGCUGAAUGACCGCAACCAGGAGCGCAACCAGCAGCGCCACUCGGAGGACUACGACGAGGAGGCCGAGGAGUCCAUCCGCAUGGGCGAGCACGAGGAGACCCAGGUGAUGAUGUACACCAGCGAGCUGUUCACCGCCAUCUGGCGCACCCAUCGGAUGCACUUCCUGAACCACUUCCGCUCGCUGUACCCGGUUUUCUCGGACAUGCUGAAUGGCGGCGACCAGGAGUCCCGGCGCUGGGCCAUGUCCUUCCUGGUGGACAUCAUCGAGUAUCUGGGGCCCGAUUCGUUCGAGUAUUCCGGCCUCUUCCGCCAGCUGAUGCUGGAGGGCGUCAUGAGCCAGAGCCCGGAGCUUCGUCAGAUUUGCGUCUAUGGCAUUGGCACGUGCGCCAUGUUUGGCGGCAUGAACUUCGCCGCCUACUGCCUGGAGGCCCUGCCCUCGGUGGCCACCGUCAUCCUUGCUUCAGACUCCCGCAAUGCCGACAACAUCUAUGCCACGGAGAAUGCCAUCUCGGCCGUCGGGAAGAUCAUCAAGUUCAUCGGCUUCUCCAGCGAGCAGGGUGCCGAGGCCGUGGCCCGGGCUCUGAAUGCCAGCUCCUUCUUCGAGGUCAUUUCCCGUUGGCUGUCCUGGCUGCCGUUGACUUUCGACAUCACCGAGUCGAGCCUCGUUCACAACCUCCUCUGUGACAUGGUCGAGAUGAACCUCAAUGUCAUGAUCGGCGGGUCGGAGGCCGGCGUGCCGCAGGUGGUUGCGGCUCUGGCUUCGGCUGUCGCCAAGCAGGUGCUCGAGGCCGAUGCCGAGACCGAGGCCCGCGUGGUGAACCUGGUCCGGCGCCUGGUGGCCGAGUUCGGCCAGCGCGUCAAUGUGUGGUCCGUCGCGUCGCAGGCCUUCAGCCAGGAGGAGGUUGGCAUUGUCCAGGCCCGCCUGGCUGCGGCCCCCUCGAGCUAAGUGUGUGCGUGCGUGCGUAUGCGUGCCUCAGAUCAUCUCACCGCUGGCUGGUGUUGUGCUCGCGUGUGUGUGUGUGUCUGUGUGUGUGUGUGUGUCGCGCGCGCGGCGUCUGCGCCACAUAUUCCCAUCGGUGCCGCCGUGGCCAGCGCGCUUUUCUUGUGCGGGGCGCGGGGGCCGGCGGGGGGUGGGGAGAGGGCGGAAGGGGGA